CUCCUCUCUGGCACAUUGCAGGCUGCUAAAACGCAGCGCAUUGAUCACCAAACUAGCUGCACAGACGUGAUAACAGAAGCCAUGCGAGCACUGCUGCUGCUGCUAGCAGCAGCAGCCAGCGCCGAGUGGGUAGAGUGGCCCGCAGGCCAGGCCGUCCCGGAGGGCGCGUCGACACGCAUCAACAUCAAUACCAACAAAGUAGAAGUAGAUAUAGACGUGAACGCGACGCUCCUAGAGCACCGCUACCGCACAUCUGUCAACGAGGCGACGCGCGCCGAGGACACGACGGCGAACCUCACGAGGCGCGAGACUAUUAUCAGUUCACUAAAACGCCUGCCGCCCGACGAGGUCGGCGACGUCGAAUCGUUAACGGACGCCGAGCUCGACGCGCUCUGGGCGGACCGGCAGGAGUCAUUACGAAAGUGGUCGGAGCAGCUCAGCGACGCCGCCAAGUCCCUGCAGAAUCGGCUACAAGCGCUGCUCCGGGACGACCACGAGGCGAAGCUCGAGGCGCUCGACGAAUUGUGCGUAUCAGUGUCGCGUCGAUGGCGUGGAGGUGGGAGCGGUCCCAAUUUCGCGUCGACCGCGUGGUGCUCGGUAUAUGCGAGAGAGGGGUCUGCGCGAUGGCGUCGGAGGUGGACCCUCGUCCCUCAGGACAUAGAGAGGAGAGGACAACAGCCUGAUCGAUGGCGUUGGACGCAGAGAGUGGGGCGCAGAGAGAAGACGCAAACAUCGCAAAACGCAGGGACUUCGAGCUCUCCGACCUCGACAACGCCAAGGACUUCCACGACGCGCUCGGCGGCUGGCCGGCGCUCGCGGGCCUCCUCUCGGCGGACGCGUCUGAAGUAAGACGGCGCGCGGCGCAGUGCGUCGGCACGGCGGCGAAGCACGGCUUCCAGGCCUGGGUCCUCGAGGCCGAGGUGCUCCCGCGAUUGGUGAAUAUGCUCGACGAGGCGACCUGGCCCGCGCGCAAGGCGGCCGUCUACGCGCUCGGCUGCGCUUUACGAAGUUCGGCGCCCGUCCAGCGCGCCUUUGGAAGAAGGGGCAUGGCGGCUCUCUCAAAGCUUGCAUCAACAGCGUUGGAAGACUCAGGGAAUCAACAAGCCUGGGCCGUCGCGGACAAGGUCGCGGCGCUGAUCGGCGACCUCGUGCAGGAGGGCCGCGCGGUGCCGCCCGACGCGUGCGACGCCGUCGCGGCCGUGUUGGCGAAGGCGCCGGCCGACGGCCGCGCGGACCGCCCGCUGCGCGCGGUGCUGGCCGCCGUGCCGCACUGCGGCGCGGGCUGGCGGUCCCGUAACGCGGUUGACGUCUCCGCGCUCCGGGACGCUUUCCCCGGCGACGAGUACGGCCGCGACCUCGUGCAGCUGUGCGACGACGUCACGGAGGCUAUCCGAACGGCCGAGGAGCCCCCGGCGCCGCCGAAGGAGCCGCUCGCGGACCUCGAGCUGCUGCCGCCGAAGUUGAUCGAGCGGCUGGCAGCGGCGGCGGGGCGUCGCGGUGGGGGAGAGCUCUAAGUAAUAGUGUGAUUUUAUAA